CUUCUGACGGAACACUGCCGGAAGUGGUGCAGCAGAAAUGGCAGCGACCUUCUUCAGAGCGUGCUCACGUCAGUUUAGUUAAUUCACUGAAUAUAAUGUUCAUGUGUCGACCCCAGGAAGUGACGGUCUAGUGUCUGUAGAGUCCAGCUAAACAUCACUGACAUGAUCUCAUUCAUCAAGGCCGCUGCGGGCGGACUGACCGGACUCUGCAGAUCCUCCGGUCACCGACAAGGUCCUUUGUACAGCCACUUGAAAGUCCUGGCUGCUGGACUCAAGACGUAUGACAUCCCACCAGACUUCAGUGAUGUGGUGCUGCCUGAGAAACCUAAGCUAAAGUUCAUUAACAAGGUGCCCAACUUAAAAAAGGCCAAAAAAGAGAUGAAGAAGCUACGUGAUAUCCAAGGACCGGCGAGGGCAGCAAAUACCUUCACUACAGGAUCAUACGCUAUCGUGGCCCUGGGCGGGGGCUACCUACACUGGGGUCACAUAGAGAUGAUUCGUCUGACCAUCAACCGCAAGAUGGAUUCCCGGACUACAUUUGCCCGGUGGCGCGUCAAUGCACCAUACAAGCCCCUCACCCGUAAAGGUCUGGGUCAGCGCAUGGGUGGAGGAAAGGGAGCCAUCGACCACUAUGUGACGCCUGUGCGCUACGGUCGUUUAAUCGUGGAGGUGGGAGGAAAAGUGGAGCUGGGGGAGGUGCAGCAUAUUUUGAUUGAGGUGGCAAAGAAGCUGCCUUUCCCUGCCAAGGUCAUGAGCAGAGAGAGCCUAGCAGAGCUGCAUCAGAAGCAGGCUGAUAUGGAGGAGAACAACCAGAAUCCCUGGACCUUUAAGCAGAUAGUGCAGGGCAACAUGCUGGGGAUCAGAAAGGUGCUCAGCCCCUUUGACCUGCACAACCACGGACGCUUCACUGGCAAAUUUCACAUCCCGGGGAGGGUAUGACAGACCUGAGGGACGGGAAUCAAUAAACUGUGGCACCAUCCAGACCAAACUGUUGAAGAAGGAGUCAACAUUUUGGAAACCAGACUUUCUGUCACAUUCGUAAAAACUUUCUUCCAUAUUUGUUUUGGCAUCGUUAUUAGAGCCAUUGUCAUUUUGUUAAACAGACACGCUUUCCAUUUUUCUGCUUUGAAAAAACAAAUAAAACAUGUAUUUCAGUUUCA